AUGGCGGACGCUGUGGUGGGAUCGCCGGCUGCCGAUGAGGUCAGGCCGUACAAGAUACAUGUUGUACAGGUUCCGACGAGGCAUCUCCACCUCGCACGACAGAAGCUUGAGCUCACUAGACUGCCUCAUGAGGGGUCUCUGCCAAAGUCGACCGAGUGGUGGGAGCCAAAGCCUGUUAUCGAGCCGCUGAUUGACUACUGGCUUGAAAAGUACAACUUUCGCGAUAUCGAGUCCAACCUCAACGCCAACAUCCCCCAGUUUCGGACCUCGAUUGCCUUGUCGGAAUCGGCAUCCCCUCUCAGGAUUCACUUCAUCCAUGCCCGGUCCUCUUCCGCCAACGCUCUUCCUCUCUUGGUGCUGCCACCAUUCCCACUAACUAACCUCUCCCUCUCCCACCUCAUCAACCCCCUCACAACCCCAUCCGACCCGACUCAUCAAGCUUUUCAUGUCGUCAUACCCUCUUUGCCAGGAUUGGGCUUCUCCGACUCCAUUCCCGCGAACCGCUCACCCAUAGACGCCACGGCCUCGAUAUUUAAUACAUUAAUGACCUCUCGAUUGGGCUAUAGGCACUACCUGACAACUAACACGUCCCCCGGCUCCUCUUCGCCAUCCCGAAUCGACUUCCACCUCGCCCACGCCAUCUCAACGACCUACUCUGACUCCUGCCUGGGAACCCAUCUAAUCUCCCCUGUCCUCUCCGCGCCAAAACUCACAAGCUCACCCAUCGAAUUCGCAAAAUGGUCUCUAGCCUGGUUCUUCAGGGGUGGUGUGGCUGGCUAUGAAGAGCGGGACUUCCUGGGGUACUACUCCCACUCUUCUUCACCACCAAUCACAGAGAUAAGAGACCCGAAUACCCUGGCAUACGGACUGUGUGACUCCCCAGUUGGAAUGCUGGCUUUUGUGUUGAGGCACCUGCGACAAAUCGCCAGCGGCAAUGGUGGGGUUGUAGGAUCAACAGGGACAUUCACAAGAGAGGAAUUGAUCACACUUACGAACUUGGCCUGGUUACCUGGACCGGAAGGGCUGUUGCGGUUUUGGUCGGGGACUUCGCUGCAUCACUCUUCUCAUCAGCUGCCGGCGAAAACGCCAACAAAGCCGAAAGUUGCGAUUACGGUCUUUGCGAGUUCGUACUCUUCCUCGACAGCGACUGCAGCACCAGCAGCAACGAACGAAAAGGACGAUGUGGAGCAGCUUGAUUUGUCUGGUAUUGGUCGAAACCAGGGAAGAGCACAGUCGACAUUCUAUCCACCUGCCUGGGCGCACGGCUCGUACUCGGUGCUGCACACUUCCCGGGUUGAUUCGCAGCCUCCGUCAUCACUACUGCUGUUUGAGCAGCCGGACAUAAUCUACGAUGGGAUCCGGGCUUUGGCGAAGGAGGUGCUGAAGAUAGACAAGAGGAUCAUACCAGUAGCCCCCCUGACUGGUGUUGUGGUUGAGCCUGCUUCCACCGCCACGCCUCAGCCAACAACAGCAACACAGCAGCCCAAACCAGAAAAGACGAUCAAACCUGUUGUUGCGGAGCCACCAAUUCUGCGAACAAUAAAGGAAGAGAAGACCGAGGACAAGGGCAAGGGGAAGGAUGUCCUCAAGGAUGAGGGUUUGCUGUCACCGCCUACCAUUCCCGCGGUAAAGAGGGAGUUGAGUGAUGGGAGUGGCGGCAUUAGCAGCCCGGACACACUAGUUGAGAGUUCCCCCUCGCCGUUGGGGAGGUCUUAG